CCCGCACUGAAAUCCAUUUGUUAUAACGCUGUGUUUUCAUUCCAAUACCGGUAGGAUGAGGUAAAACAAGUGUAUACGUGAAUUGUCGCUGAAACAAACGAGGUCGUGACAAUGACGAUGAACUCAUUACCCACUGGAAGUGAGAACAGCUCCAAUAACGUCGUCAUCUUCGACGUCUCGAAAAACGAGAAGAAAUUGAACGAGGAGUACAAGGCACUACAGAGGAAAUUAAAACCGAAAUGGAAAUUUAUCGAAAACACGGAGGUCUUGACGCAAGAGUUUCUCGCGACUGGGAAGAUCCUAAUUCUGGCUGGACCGAAAAACAAAUUCACGGAUCUGGAAAUGAAUUCGAUCAGAACGUUUCUGAAUUCCGGCGGAAACGCCUUAGUCAUGCUCGGCGAGGGUGGAGAGAAAAAGUUCAACACUAACAUUAACUUUCUGCUCGAGGAAUUCGGGAUAAUGGUCAACAAUGAUUGCGUUGUGAGAAUGAAUUAUCAUCAAACCCUGCACCCGAAGGAAAGCACGAUCACGAAAGGGUUGUCGAACAAAUCUGUGUUUUCAAAGAGUCGCGAAGAUAGGGAACUGAAAUUUUUAUAUCCGUACGGCGCAACUCUGAACGUGGUAAAACCAUCGAUAGUUGCAUUAUCGAGCGGUACCAUAACGGUUCCCACCAACAGACCAGUCUGUGCCUAUUACUCGUCCAAAACGACCACCGGAAAGCUGGUAGUUCUAGGCUCGUCAAAAAUAUUGACCGAUGCAUACCUCGACAAGGAAAAGAACGACGUACUCAGAGAAAUGAUUUUCGGAUUUUUCGAGUCCGAGCCAAUCGAGACUUCCGAGAUGCAAGGGGACGAUGCCGAUUACUGGGAAUACAACUUCGUGCCGGAUAUUACUCAACAAGCCGAAAAGCCCAAAGUGUGCACGCAGGACCUGGACAGCGUCGACAUACCAAGGGAGUACACGAAGCUUUUCAAGCACGACUUGUAUUCGAUAAAUCUGGACAUGGUCCCGGCGAGCUUGAAAGCUUACGACGACCUCAACGUAAAGCACGAACCGUUGAGUUUGAUUGCGCCGAACUUCGAGACGCCUUUGCCGCCGACUCAAGCUUCUGUAUUCCCUCCGACGUUUCAGGAACUUCCACCACCAGCCUUAGAACUUUACGAUCUGGACGAAGCUUUCAGCUCGAAUUUCCUCAAACUGUCGCAACUGACGAACAAGUACAUGACUGACACUGACAUUUCGAGCGAGAAGGAGUUGGACUAUUACAUUCGGGAAUUCGGCGCAAUCAUGCGAAUCAGCAAUAUCGAAACGCUCACGGCCAAGGGCGUUUUGAAUCACGUUUUUAUGAAGAUUAGUAGUUACAAGGCUGCCCAUAAUUAGAAUGACCGUUUUAGUUCGUUUGGAUUGUACAGACUAUCACGUAUUUUACACUCACGAUUUUUGAAUAAAGUUGAUUAUUUGUAAAUUUUGUA